AUGACGUCACUAAGAAAAAUGCGGUGGCGCAUCAGGCCAAGCCGUGACCGCAGCCCGUGCCCCACGGCACUGACAGACUACCUGCGCCACUGCAGCAUGCACGGCGUCCGCUACAUCGUCGAAGAAGGGCGCCAUUGGUCUGAGAGGCUGCUGUGGGCAGUGGGAGUACUGGCAGGCCUGGUAGGAAUGGUGCUGUUCAUGAGAGAGGUGUGGCAGCAGGUGGCAGAGUCGCCCACCGUGGUGUCUGUCGCCUCCACCGAGCACUACCUGCUGGGCACUGACUUCCCCGCAGUCACCAUCUGCAGUGUCAACAAGGUGCAGCGCUCCGCUGCCACCCGCUUCUACCACAAGUGGGGCCUGCAGGCGGUGCUCAGCGCCGGCGACUUCGAGGCGUUCGUCCGCCAGCUGGCCGGCCUGACGCAGCCGGAGCGCUUCCGAGGCGCCCUGCCGCACCGCCUCGCCGACAUGACCGCCUUCCUCACCGCGCGAAACCUCUCGCUGCGAGACGUCAUGUUGCAGAGCGGCUCUUUGCAGCUGGCGCCGUCCUGCGAGUCGCUGAUGGUCCGCUGCCUCUGGCGGAAGCAAAUCGUCAACUGCUCGCAGCUCUUCACCCGUCAGAAGUCAGACGCGGGUUUCUGCUGCUCUUUCAACUACAACACCGAUGGCCCGCUGCGCAAGGUGGAGGGCGAGGGCUACACGCAGGGCCUGACGGUGCUGGUGGACCCCCUGCUGGACGACUACUACGUGGCCGCCUACUCCUUCCACGGCCUGCAGGUGCUCAUCCACUCGCCCGUCGACUACCCGUUCGUUGCCACCAGGAGCGUCAUUGUGCGCCCCAGGACGGAGACCUUCAUGCAACCGUCUCGGCGGCCCUGCCUCUUCGGCGAGGACCCGGCGGCGCGCCGCCACGGCCCGCGCUACUCGGCCGGCAACUGCCUGCUACGCUGCCGCUCCCGCCUCAUCCACGACGCCUGCGGCUGUGCGCCCUACCACUACCUGUACACGGAGGACUUUAACUGGCUGACGGUGCGGACGGCGCAGGUGGACGGCCACAACGACUGCCUCUGCCGGCCGCUGUGCGACACGGUCAGCUUCCACACCACCGUCACCUCCGGAGACCUCUUCAACUCCAACUACGACUACAACAGCUUCUUGAGUGUACAUUCAACGUCACUGAUGAAAUCAUGCAUCCUUGUCAAGGUCGUUGGUGGUUGUCACUACCCCUGCAACCCGCACUGA